AUGCGAUGCGCGAGCAAGGCCGCCGAGAGCGCGUCUGCACGUCUCUGUGCGGACGCCGAAGCAGAAACUACAGCAACUGAUGUCCCAUCGGUUGCUGAAUCGACUCAGCCUGUAUCACCUGGUGAUGCAGGCGCUGGUCAUGAAGACACUCGUGUCUUCACAGAGUACGAGCUCGGUGUCUCGUACUCUCCUGAUACGGAUGACGGAUCCGUAUCGACGGCAAUUGAAUCCAAGCCGCCUGCCAAGCGUGGCAUGGACGAUGCUUUGCGUCGCAGCAUCUUUGGUUCAUCUGAUGAGUCAGAUGAACCAUCGCCGAAGCGAAGGCGCUCGAGGUCGCGAGACUCGGGCGCUAAUAGUGGUGUCGUUUCUCCAAUGGACACCACUUCACAGCGAGGUGCCAGUACUUCUGUCGGCACGUCGCAGGAAGAGCGGGACCGCAAUGUGUUGCGUCUCGCUCCAGAAAAGAAGGCAUGGAUGCCUCCUAAAUCUGUCAUGGAUCACUUGUCGGCGACGACGAGUGAUCGUUAUCGAACACGAUUGUUCGAUUCGUCGAGGAUUCAUCACCUUGACCCCAGCGCGAAAGACUAUCGCGCUGAACAUGAGUUCUUCAUCGAUGCUUUCUUCAGACAUCGAUGGUACAGUGGGAAUCACAAACGUGAUGGUCCCUCACUACUUCAAGCGUGGAACGCCUACAUCCAUAAUCUCGAGGAUGUAGGUCGUGACGCUUGGAACGACAAACUUAUCAAAGCUCGUGAUAAGUUUGAAAAGCGAACCCCGACAGGUGCACGCUACAAGCUGCAUCGUCUGUCAAGGGAGAAAGGAUUACCCUGCCUCUCUUGGGGAGACUCGUGCCCAUGUUGUGUGAACAACUCUGCACGAGCACCUAAGGAGGCUUACCUCCUUACCAGCCCGUGGUGGCGCGUACGUGUCUCUACUGAGAUGUACGAAGGGAUUGACAACCUGAAAUCCCUUUACGACCGUGCCGGGAAGACUUUCUCUGGCGGUCCUUCUGCGGCACAGGAUGUGCCGCGUCGUACUGCUCAACUAGACCCAGUACGUCGAUCAUCAGUUGGGAGCGGGGCUCCCAAGAAUCCCAGGACGGGGGAUAGCCGCGCCACCGGACGAGGUAACUCGUCCGACGUCCGUUCACGUCGCGGUGGUUCAACAGCUGCUCUACUAGAUAGCGCUGGCCACCGCGAGAGUCCUCCAAUCUUCUUUGAUCGCGUAACGCAAGGGUUACGCGACGAUCUCGAGCAUGAGCGGAAUAGGCGUCUCCAGAUGGUGGACACUGCCUCGAAGCAUCGAGCUGAGUUUGCCUUUGCUCAGCUUGAGAACGAGAGAUCUCUGACAUCUCUUCGUGACGAGCUAAGGGUAGCUCGUGGGAUUGUUGAUCGGUCUCGGGCUGAGAUAACUGCUCUUCAGACCCUUGUUGAUGCCCACCAUCGGGAGCACAAGGCUCUCUGCGAGAUGCUUGAGCGCAAGGGCGUUCUUCAUCGGAAGAAGCAGCGUACUGAUGGUACGGCUUAA